AUGUGGCUCUUUGGAUACAACACGCCCCCCAACUACCAGCACAUGGAGAUGUUCUGUGGAGGAUUUCCGAUCCACUGGUGGAUCAAUGAUGGAAAAUGUGGUGUGUGUGGCGAUCCCUUUGACGCGUCGCGGGAGAACGAACCUCCUCGCGGUAAAUACGCCCGUGGGAUCAUUACACAGACUUACCCUGCCGGGUCUAUCAUCACGGCCAUUGUUCACGUGACUGCUAGUCAUAAGGGUUAUUUUGAGUUUCGGCUCUGUCCCCACAAUGACCCCAAAGUCACAGUCACUCAAGACUGUCUCGACCGAAACCUGUUAAAGGACCCCUUUACCAUGGGAACCAAAUUCUUCGUAGACGACAAGAGUGUGGGUAUUUAUAACAUUGAGCUUCAACUUCCAGAAGGAGUAAUUUGUGAUGCCUGUGUGCUACAAUGGCGGUAUAGAACGGGAAACCGUUGGGGUUGUUACAAUAACGAUUUUACCAAAGGUCCGUGUGGACUCGGUUUUGGACCCCAAGAAGAAUUCUACGCAUGCUCCGACAUUCAGAUAAUCGGAAACGGUUCUACAAACCUAACAACCGCUUCAAGUUCCGAUUCGACAAGUCCCACAACGUCUGCCAAAAUCUCUACAUCGCAAACAAGUCCCACAACGUCUGCCAAAAUCUCUACAUCACAAACAAGUCCCACAACGUCUGCCAAAGUGUCCAACUUUGUAAUGACGUCAUCUACAACUCCUCGUCCCCAGAUUGCCACAUCUCCAAUCCCGACAGUCAGAAAUGUGUGUAAAGCCGUUGGACCGUGGAAGAAUUUUCUGCCAAUGGACAACUGGUGCCGCAUCAACUGCGCCCGCAAUUAUUGCCCCCCAACGCAUUGUCUUUGCGGCCGAGAGGACCUCCUCACUGUUGACAACGGAAUCAUGAAUUCUGGAAAGACGUGCGUGUCACUACGCCCGAACUCUGGAUGGGAUUUGUGGUGUCAGCAUAACUGCCCCAUGGGUCUAUGUUAUCCCUCUAUGUGUCGCUGUGAUCGAAUCGCCGUCUCUAAGAUGGUACAACACAAUCUGGGUAGAUGA